AUGUCGCUGCCUUCCUCUUCGUCUCAGGCAUCGUCCAGGGUAGCAUUAACCCCUGGGGAGGGCGGGUAUCGACCCACAUUCUUCAAGCGCAUAACGCGCAAGUUAUCUUUGAGUAGCUCGAAGGUAGCUGCUCCCAAACGCGUCGUCGUCCUCAAAUCAAUUCGCCAGGUGGAAGACUUCACCGCCCAGCUACACGGACACUAUGACUUGGAACCGUAUGAUAUUCAGGUUCACCUCCCUAAACAGGAGCACAAGCGCAAAGACAUGCAGCUGGCUGUGCAAGCCUUGUAUGUACGGGAGGCGUUGGCGAAGGGCACAUUGAAGCCCUCGCAUCCAUUGCAUCUAUGGCACGCUUGA